AUGGCCGCAAACGGGAUUAACGGCAUAGUGAACGGCCAUCUUACGCGCCCUUUGAGGCCAGGCAUCUUCGCCCCAGUGCCUACGUUCUUCUUGCCGGAAACUGAGGACCUUGACAUUCCCUCUUUUGAAAAGCAAGUCAUUCGAUUGGCCGAUGCUGGUGUCGGCCCGCUCCUUGCCGGCUCAAUGGGGGAGGCCCAUCAUCUAUCCCAUGCUGAGCGAAUCACUCUCGUUCAAGCCGCCAGGAAAGCGCUAGAUGACUCUGGACACCAUAGAGUGCCUAUAAUCAUGGGUACUGGUGGAGGGAGUACCAGGGAGACAAUCCAAUUAUCCAAGGAAGCUGCCGCUGCAGGUGCGGACUACACGAUUGUCAUUCUCAGCGGCUAUUUUGCUGGGGCGUUGGCGGGCAACAAAAAGGCCUUAAAGACGUUUUGGAAGGAUGUAUCCGCCGCCAGCCCCCUCCCGGUCAUUGUCUACAAUUACCCUGGAGCAGCAGGCGGUAUAGACUUGGAUUCGGAAGUCAUCACGGAAUUGGCCCAGGAAUGCCCCAACCUUUGCGGAGUCAAGCUAACCUGUGGCAAUGUGGGGAAACUGACUAGAAUCGCCGAUGCAGUAUCCAAUGCCGAAUUUGCUGCGGCCUACCCCCGCAAGAAUCCUCAGGCCCCCUUCCUAGUGCUGGGGGGAUUUGUUGAUUUUCUCACUCCGUCUAUAUUUGCUAACGCUCAUGGCGCCAUCACCGGGCUCGGGAACGUAGCUCCACACACCUUGAACAAGCUCUUCCAAUUAUCCGAGGCCGCUCUGAAGGACCCUUCAUUGCUCCCCGAAGCCCAACGCCUGCAAGGCAUUGUUGCUCGCGCGGAUUAUACCAUUGCCAAAGCAUCUAUUGCAGGCACUAAGGUCCUUCUAGAGAAGCUCUACGGUUAUGGCGGGGUACCCAGGCGACCAUUGUUGCCCCUAGAAUCUGAGGCGGCGAGCGCCCUUUGGGAGCAUCCCGAUACGCAAGCGAUAGUGAAAGUCGAGCGCGAACUGAGCGGCAAGGUGAAGGCGUCAUAA